UUUUUAGAAAAAAAAGUAAAAAAAAUGUUUAUCUUAGCUGUUAUUCUACUUCCAGUUAUAGCUAUUCUCUCUUACAAUCAUUUCAAACUUCCCAAGCAAUCUAUUGAACAAACAAAAAAGAUACUUUUUCGAAAUAAUAAAGCAAUCAUAAUUGGUCAUAGAGGAGGUCAGUUUGAAGCUCCUGAGAAUACCUUAAUAGCUAUAAAAACUGCUUAUAAAAACGGGGGUACUGCUGUUGAAAUUGAUGUUGAUUUCACAAAAGAUGGUGUUCCAAUUCUUCAUCAUGACGAUGAAGUUGAUCGUGUCACUAAUUCAACAGGGUUGGUCAAGGAGUUUAUGUGGAAUGAUUUAAAAAAGUUAAAUGCAGCAUCAAAGUUCAACUACACAAUAACUAAAGGUUUAAUUGAAAGUGUAGAAUUUGAAGGAAUUCCUUUAUUAAUCGAUGCAAUAAAACUUUGUAUGAAAUACAAGCUAUCAAUAAAUUUGGAUAUCAAAAGUAAUGCAUCUGGAAUAACCAAUUUUUUGAAGGAUUUACUCUUAAAGGAGCCACAAUCUCCUGAUUUUAUUUUUGUUACAUCUUUUAUGCCUCAUAUUGUGUAUAAAGUACGAAAAGAAUGUUCUCAGUUUGGAACUGGUCUUAUUUGGAGGCCACAUUUAUUAUCAAGAAAGAUGAAUGGAGAACCUUAUGACAAUCAAUCAAUUUAUUUAACAUUGUUGUAUGACAUUCUUGAUUAUCUCUAUAUGUGGUCUGUGCAUUUAUGGCUUGUAGAUUUUCUUGGUGUCUCCCUAAUGUCUAUAAAUAAAAAUUAUUUGAUUGAAAAUGGUAACAUUGAAUAUUGGAGAAAUCAGGGAAUUGAAGUCAUUGUAUGGACUGUUAACAAUGUAGAAGAGAAAAAAAUAUUUUUAAGCAAAAAUGUUCCAGUGAUAACUGAUUCUUUGCUUAAUAGUGAAUACUGUCCUGAACCUAUUUAAUUCAGAUUUUUAUUCGUAAAAUUUUUAUUAUUAACUAAAGGUAGCAACAUUUAGAAUAAUAAUAGUAAUGUUUUUAUAUUUGUUAGUUAAUAAACAUUUUGUAAAUCUAUGAAAAAAAAUCAUGAAAUAAAUUAUUA